AUGAGAUGCUCCGGCUUACCGCGGUGUUCUGUUCCAUCGUACGUCCUCCUGUCUGCCAAGUCCGGCACCGUCACGUUCGAAGUUACGAACGCGGCGCCCAACACCACGGGUCCAUCUUCAUCUGGAGCACCUUCAAACCAGACCAGUCCCGCCGACCGAAAGCCCGUGGACACCGUCACCCUCGUCGUUGAGGUCGACGACACGGGCGGCGUGGCUUUCACCCGCGGCAACGGCAUCCACCUUAGCGCCCAAUACGUCGGCGGCUACUCCGGCGACCUCAUGUUUGAGAAAAAUGGACACAUCUACGCGCUUUCUUCCACACCAAAUUUCCAGAAGACAUAA